UCAAUCUAAUUAUUUUCUUCAAUCAAUCGAUAAAUUCUGUAUCGUAACUCAUUAAUAACUUAAUCAUUAUCGCAUCAACAAUGAAUGAUGAACAAUCGGAUCAUCGAGAUUUUUUUCAAAAUGUCGAUUCAAUACCAUCGUCAGCGUCAUCUUUGGCUGCUGAAACAUUUGAUCGUUUGAAUCAUACUGAUUCACAAUCAUCAUUGGUCAUUGAUCCUUUACGAAUACAUUCGAGACCAUAUUCAUCACAAUCAAAUUUCAUUGAUCCGUCAUCAUCGGGGACCAAUAAUGUAGAUUACUAUCAAUAUCAACAUAGCAGAACAAGUUCAUUUUCAUCAACAAGUAGUCUAUCGAAUCAUCCACAAGUCACCCAUUCAAAUCAUAAUAGGAAACCAUCAUCACAUAAGCGAACACGUAGCGUUGAUUUACGCUUGUCCAAUUCUCCCAAUCCAUCGUUGUUAUCAUCAUCACAAUCAUCAUUGUCUACAACGACAUCUCAAUCAUCGAUACAUUUUCUUGCUACGAUCGAAGAAAAAGUUUCGAAAUUAUAUUAUAAACAUGGCCUAUUCUGUUCACGACAUCCAGCUCUAAUAAUCUCAUUCUCAUUGAUGGUUGUGUUUCUAACUUCAUAUCAGAUAUUUACUUUUCGUGGCGUUUUCGGUAGUUCAUAUGAUGUAUAUAUUUCUUCCUCUUCUAAAUCGCACGAUUCUCUACUAUUAAACUCUGGUGAUAAUUCUGUUCAUCCAUUAAUGAAACAUUUUAAUUAUUGGCCCGAUUCAUAUGUUCGAAAUGAACUUAAUGAUGAUCAGAAUAUUCCACCUUGGUUUCAAUCGAAUCUUUCCUAUGCAUAUGUUCAACAAAUCUAUAUCCGUUCAGCUGUGAUACCAUGGCCUCAAGAUAUGCAACUAGUAGAUGCAUUACGCGCUCCAUUCGAAACAAUAUUUGAAAUUGUCGAAGCUGUAUCGAAUUUCCAAUUUAAAAAUGAUUUUGAUGAACCAAUUACUUUGAACGAUGUCUGCUUUCAAGUGUUCGAACCGACAUUUUCAGAACGUUAUUCACAUAUAGCCUCACAUCUUCCUUCGUAUUCCUGUUUGACAUUAUCACCGGCAAAUGUAUGGCAUGGUGAUCGUACCAAAUUUUUACAAGACCAAAAUUUGCUAAAUACAUUGCUAAAAUUUCAAGAUCUCCCGGCUAGUCCAGUACCAUCGGGCUCAAUGCAUGAUAUUAUAUUCGGUGUUUCAUUCGAAGAUACCGGAAUACGUCGUACAUAUGGCCGCAAUCGUGUUCGAACUAUUUCAUAUUCAAUAACAUUGAUAUUGCGUAAAAAUUCACCCGAAUUCAUAGAAGCAUUACGUGCCUAUCUAUAUAAACGCUAUCCAUUGUCUUCAACGAUAAUGGGCAAUAAAAAUCCAAACGAACAGCAGCCAUCAUCAAAUAGAAAUCAUUAUGAAACAGAACCUCAGAUACAAGUAGAUCUUUUAGAGAACAAAACCAAACACAUUUAUUUUCAUACAACAUUCACUUAUAAUUAUCUAUUCCCAUUGAUAUUGAUCUAUGCAAUGGCUUGUUUUUACAUGUACUACAUUGUCCGUAAAGUGGAAAUUAUUUUUAAUAAACGAUUCUAUUCACUUUGUACAUUAAUCACUUUAUUGAUGUCAUUAUUCAUGUCAUUCGGUAUCUGUUUUCGUCUUCGUUUUCAUUCCGUUUUGAUUGUCAAUCGUUUAUUGCCUUAUUUCGUUGCUGGUAUCAGUUUCGAAAACAUGUUGGUACUUACUAAAUCGGUGUUGGCCAAUCCUCAUUUAGAUUCAAAAGUUCGUGUAGCACAAGCUUUAAGCAAGGAAGGCUUGUCGAUAACGAAAAAUCUUUUAGCCGAAUUGGCCUUGCUAUCGAUUGGUUCAUUUACGUUUAUGCCGUUCUUUCAAGAAUGUUGCAAGAUUGCUGCCGUUUGUUUCCUUUCCGAUUUUUUCAUUCAAAUCACAUUGUUUACUCCAUUUUAUUCAUUGCUAGUACAAAGGAUUAAGAAACGAAAUAUCAACACUUAUCCGGAAAAACGUUCACCAAAUGUUUAUCCACGUAACAUUUAUGCGCGACCUGGUGAUCCGGUUCAGCAGAAAACACCAAAACGAUUGCGUUUUAUUUUGUUCCUCGCUCGUCUACGGCUCGUUCAAAGGGGUUUUAUCCUAAUGCUAAGUGCCUGUAUAGGUUUAGCCAUUUAUAAUGCGUAUCUGGUUCUGGAACAAACUACCACUCCCAUGGAUGCUACGAUUUUGACUCAAGGACAAUCGAUCUUGUUCAGCAAAUCAAAUUUAACAACAAUACAGAAAUCGGAAUCCGAAGUUACAACUAACAUCAUACCAGUGACGACAAUCAACGAAACCUUACUUACAGAUAAAAAUUCUCAAAAAUCUUUCAUGAAAUUAUUGGAGAUCAAUGAAAUUUCUAAUAGUGAAAAUGAAAAAGAAACAAUCAAUACAUCAUCACUACCUCCUUCAAUAAAUCCAUAUUAUCGAAUUAGCUAUUCAUCACGUGACAAUUCAAUGCCUAAACCGUUUACAAAUCAACAUUGGACUAAUUUAUUUUCAUUGUAUAACAUUUCAUUAACCGGUCGCUUCAUAUCGAUAUUGCCGCCCAUACUUUUAUCCGUCCCAAUCACGCCUGAACGAGCUAAACUUUGUCGAAAUUCUGCUGAUUCGGAUUAUCACAUAUUAAAAAAGUUUAUUCCAAUGAAAUUCUCGAAUGGAGAAUAUGUCAUUCGCGAUGAUGAUGAUUAUGAUAAAUUUGAACAAAUAAAACUUAAUCAUUGGUCAAGAGAUGAUCUUCAUCUAAUUAUUGGACUGUGGACACCGUGUCUUAUAUUAUUCAUUUAUCUAAUCAUACAGCUUUACCGCUGUAUUUGCACACGUAAUUAUGCUGAAUGGCGAUCACAAUUAUCUGAAACGAAUCCAUUCAAAAGAUUUGGAACAUUUGUUAAACGUGCUGCUUUAUUAAGAAAUUAUAAUGAUGGAAGUGGUGGUGGUCCUGAUCGGUUGUUACGUAUCGAUAUAUCUAUUCUGAAUUAUGAUCGUGAAAAAGAAACCUAUACGAAUGAAAAACAAUACCUAUUGGAUAAUCAAGAUAUUGAUUUGAUUGCAACAAAUGUUCAAACGUCAUUGGUUGCUGCUAGUUCAUUGUCAGGUGAUUUACGAAUAUACGAUGCACUUACAUGUGAAUCAUUGGCUACAAUCAAGCGAUCUAACCAGAUGAUGAUUGAUUUUUCAUCAUCAAUGUUCUCCUAUAAACCAUCUAGAAUCAUCGAUGAAAUGCAAACAAAAGUCGAUGACCAUCAUGAAAAACAAAGAAUGUCUAAUGAUAAAGCACCAGUAGUAAUUAGGACCGAAGGAAAUAUAUUGAAAACUUUAUUUUACGGAAUCCAAAAUGACGUUGAUGCUGUUAACAAUUAUGACAAUGUUGAUUUUGAUGGUCACUGUGAAAGCUUUAAUUCCAAUAAUGAUCAAUCUAAAUGUUUAGAUUUUCGUCCCAUUUGGUGCAUUGAUAUUCAUGAUAAAUAUGUUCUGCUCGGUUGUGGCGGUGAUGAUGGCCGUUUUGAAGCUUGGGAUGCCUAUACUGGACAAUUAUCUUUUGUCUAUUAUCCUGAUGCAUACAGAAAUGGCAACGAAGAUUUAGAAUUCAAAAAAUCUAAUGAUUCUUAUGCUUUAACGGUUAUCAAAUCCACCUAUUGGGCUGUUGCUUUGGCUCGUUUGAAUGGUCAAUUAGAAAUACUAGAAUUGGAACAAUUCAAAGAAGAUAAAUAUUCUACCAUUUUUCAACACGAUACUUCAUCACAAACAAAAUGUUGCGAUCGAAUCAGUUAUCGAUCGAAAUUUCGCAUAAAAGCUCAUAAACAACCGAUUACCAGAAUAGAAAUAAUCGAUUCUCUUGAAGAUGAUGAAUUUAUUCGUGUAUUUGGUAGUCGUGGCUGUUUAAUUUCCGGCAGCAUGGACACAACAUUAAAAGUGUUUGCUUUAGAUAAUUUUAAAUUAAUGUACACAUUGAAUGGACAUUGUGGUUCCAUCAUGACAACUGCUAUUGAUCCUUAUUCAACGGCUAGUGCAUUGAGUGGAUGUCAAUUGGGACAGAUGUGCGUGUGGGACUUGAAUACCGGUACCUGCAUAUUUAGUAUGCAUGCACAUUCAGAUGCCGAAAUUCUUUCUAUUGUCACAUCUUCACUUUAUUAUGUUACCACUGGAACGGAUAAUACGAUUUGUAUCUGGGAUCGAUAUUCAGGGCAUUUGAUUCAUAGAAUACCUAAUCAGCAUACAAUCUGCCGUGGUAUGGUAUUUCUUGAACCAUUUAUUCUGGUCACUGUUCGUGAUAAUGAAUUAAUAAUUUGGGAUUGUAAUGAUGCCCGAUCAAUUUGUAUUGUACCAUUAGCAUCACAUACAACCGAUAUAGAUUCAUCAGCUUGGAAUUCAAUGUUAAUGAAUAAUAAUGAUAAUAAAUGGACAAAAUCAUCGAUCAAGAAUCUCAUGUUUUCCUAUGAACAAAAAGCAUUGAUCUGUGAUUAUGGAAAUUCCUUAUGUGUCAUAAAUAAUCCGUUUGCAACGCGAAAAAUUGAUUGAAUUUUAAAAAUCUAGAUAAAAAUAAUACUCAUUGUGGAUACAAAAAAAAAUCAUAAAAAAAUGAAGGUCUGACCUUUUUUGUAUUUGAAAGAAUAUACUUUUGUAAAUAUAAUCGAUUAAUCAUUGUGUUUGUUUCUAUUUAA